CGUAGCCGACCCGCGAGGAGUGCUGUUCCCUCGCCAGUCGGUGAACAAGCAGAGAGCAGACAUGCUGGACUGCGGCUGCACGUAGGAUUCUGCCCGGGUUUCUCCUGACUUCAUGGAUCCGCACUGAGUUAUGACGGGAAGCAUGUUUAAAACCGAACCUGGGUUUUGGUAACCGAGUCGCGGAAAUCACAGCAUCAGAAUACCAGCGGAAUAGAAAUAGUUGAGGCAGCCCGGUGUGACAGUCUGACAGCGUGUGGGAAUGGCAGCUCCCCGGCCGAUAAAAGGCAUCCUGAAAAACAAGAACAGCGGGACAAAUGUCAAAUCUCUGCCCGACGACGUGCAGGCAGAGAUCCCCGAACAAGCCCCUGGACUCUCGGAGGAUGACCAACAGAAGAAAUCCCAGAAAUGGGAUGAGAUGAACAUCCUGGCCACGUACCAUCCGGCUGACAAAGACUAUGGCCUGAUGAAGAUAGACGAACCCAGCACACCUUACAACAGGAUGGUGGGGGACGACGAAGACGAGGGGGCGCUGAGUGACUCGGAAGGCCACAGUGGACUCGCAGCCGAUGACCUGGCAUCAAAGCUGGUGGCGGCAGAGGGCACAGAGCCUCGCUUCAUGAAGGAGGAAGAAGAAGAAGAAGAAGAAGAAGAGAGCAGCGAGGAGGAGGAAGAGGAGCUCAGUCCUGAAGAACAAGCCAAAAAGAAGCAUUUUCAGAUGAUGAGGAAGAUGCACUACAACGAGGGCAUGAACAUCAAACUGGCUCGCCAGCUCAUCGCCAGCGAGCUAGAAGAUGAUGAUGAAGACGCGGACGAAGAGAUGAGGGACGACACAGAAGAGGCGAGGGAGGACGCGGAGGAGAUCAGUGUUGACCCACCACAGGAAGCUGAAUCUCUGGACUCCUAGACGAGGCCUCUCUCCCACCUUGUGUGUCGGCUGAAGAUCCAGACGAACAUUGCCACUGCGCUCUGUGUUUUAAUGCUGGGCCGUACAGCAGACACCGCUUCACCACCAAUAUAACAACUGUUAACAGCCAAUAACCUCCCGGUCACCUGUCUGUCUCUACUGUUCCUUAGAACUGUGCAAUACAACAUUCAAACACUCUGUUUUGAACUCCCAGUGUCAGUACAACACAAAAGAAGACUGUUGCUCCCUCCUCCUGCUCCUCUUCCUUCUUCCUCUCCUGUUGCCAAGAAUUCCCCCCUCCCACCUCGUCUGGACCGACUGAAGUAUAUGCGAUUCUGACCCUGAAAGGAGGAUCAAGGCCUUUUUUUAAAAAAGAAAAAAAGAACAAAAAUGUUGGAUGGCCAGGACUCCCGUCUGGCUGCUCCUCAGUCCCCAGGCCACAGAGCCAGUACGUCAGCCCUGGAGGAAGCCAGGGGAAACCCCACGGCCUCAGUAAAGGCAUAUCUGAGACAUGACGACGGCGCUUAUACUGGGCGCACUUCAGACGGCUUUUAUUUUUGUUUUGCUUUGUGACCCGACUCUCUGUUGCAUUUUCUGUCCUCUUUCAUUACUUUUUAGUGACGAUAAACCACUUUGGUUGUUUCUGCUGGCUUACCUGGUGACUCAGGUAAGCUAUGCAUAUUUGCAUAGGAGUGAUGUGAAAAUUCAGAAGCUUUAUAUUCGUCUAACUAUACAAGACAACAUCAGGACACCGUAAAAAAAAAAUCAUUAUUAAAAAGAAAUCCAAAUUUGACAUCAUACUGUUAAUGGAGACAUGUAUGCUUAGUGUCUUUAUAUCAAGUUAAACAACACAGAUUGUAAUUGUUAAAUUGGCACUUUGCCCCAGAACGUCUUAUUUUAUGUUUUCUCUUUACAAGCAAGAACACCACACAAAACCUCAUUUCAAAUUCAAUUUUAAAAAAACAUGUAUACCUCAUGGAAACCUGACUGUGGGCCUUUUUUCCCCAAACUGAAUCCACUGAUAAAUUUGGCUAUUGAUUAUCUAUCGAGAGGCAGUAAAAACUCUGCAUUUGAAUUAAUAUUUCACUCCCUGCACAUCAAUUUCAUUUGUGGAAGAAGAUUAGAGAACAAGCCAGUAAUUGUUUUUAACAUUUUUCAGAUUGAGUCAGGCUUGUGGCCCCUGUGUUUAUAAGGUAAUGAGAUUGGCUCUUAAGACAUGUUAUCUCUAACAUAAUAGGAGGGACAGUAUAUAAAGUCUCACGUCUGAGGUAUAGCACGUGCUACUGAUAAAAAAGGAAGUGUCCCGUCUUCAGGCUCUGAUGUAGAUCUGACAAUGAAGAAACCAACACUCACUGUGCUCUUGCUUUAACGACUCGUGUGUUCAACUUUUCAUUGCAUGGGAGCUUCACCAGACUGAAUCUGAGGAAGUUACAUCCCACUAGUUUGUGUUUUUCUUCAUCACACUUUAUUUAAUGUUGUCUGAUCUACUUAAGUGUCUUGUACAAUGCAGCUUGGGAAUGUCAUAGAAAGAGUUGAUGCUACUGACUUUUAAGUUAAAGGAGGUGUCAGCGGUGUAGUUGACCACUAAGGCUUAAUGGAGGCAUUUGUUUGUAAUGUCCUGGGUUUCUUCAAGCGAAGAAAGUCUUAAAAAAAUGUUGGAUAGCAGUUCGAAGUAUUGAAGAUAAAAGUCGAUGUUCACGACUUGUCAGUUUCUGGGGGGGUUUCCCCAGUGUACCCUUACUGUUGAGGCUUUUCCACCAGCACAAACCAGUUUGGUUCUGGUUUGCGUACCUAAUUUUAAGCUGUUUGGAGCAUUUCGACCAAAUUUCCUUUUUCCUUGACUGGAAGUUGAAGUGCUAGCCCGAGUAGACAUGUGCAUUGCCCUCCCCUGAUUACUCAUCCUUGAUUACAAUGGAUCUGCUCAAAACAGGUGGCAACAUGAACGGCACCUAGGGUCCCUGAAUCUAGAGCAGAACCAGUUCGAGAACCAGAGCAGAUUUGGUGGAAAAUGGGCAUGCAUGUGUCGAACGAAGAAGGAAAAGUAUGUAAGAACCCCGAGUAUUUCAAGUGUUGUGAUCUCUUAAUUUUCUUCGGACCCUUUAAUUCCUCAUUGUGACUGAAAGUGUUGAGCUCUGUAUUAUGGGAACAGAAAACGUCAAAGACCAGCGGUGUGACUUCUGCAAACAGUUUUGUUCUCGUAUUGUAGUAUUUGGUGGCGUUUUCACUCCCCCAAGAUUAAAGCGACUCCCUUUGAACCACCAACCAACAAAAUCUAUAUGGACUCGAAAAAAACAUAUAAGCAGUAAAUUAUCACAUGAUUUUGUAGAGAAACAGGAACACGUCUGUACAUCCAGAUUCUAAUAAAGACAACUGGAGAGAAGCUGAUACGAUUUGUUUAUUUUCUCACUUGAGACAGAGGGACAAGAUCGUCCGAAACAUGUCUGACAUGAUCACCCAGUCGGUGGUUAGUACCUGUCAAAUGUGCCUCUUAUGUAUUUAUGUACAUGUGUGUAAAAUGAACAGGCUAUGCUCCAUGUUGCUGUUUUGUGCCGGGUUUCUUUUGUCUCAUUGUCUCGCUUUUUGUUUUUCUCGCCACUUCCGCCCUGUUUGGUUCGUUUUCUAACGUUGACAGACUGUUAAGCAGUCCCAGGAACUCUGCACUCUGUGUGUCUGUCUCAAAAUGACUUGGAUGUGGAAUCCAUGACUUUUUUUUUGUAUUUCUAGUUGGCAUGUUCUUAAGCAUCAGAUUGUGUGUAUUCUGUUCUGUUAUUGUCUCCUACCAUUAAACAAAUGUUUAGGAA